AUAAGCCCAAUUUCAGAUGGGCCCAAUUUCAGAUUUUUGCCCUAAUCCUUAAAAUGCUAUGACCGAGCAAGCAGAACCGAGGAAGGAAGGAUUCUAAAGAAACAGCCAUGGCGGAGGAUGCCGUAUUGGGGUACUUAGCAACUCAUGAAGAGAUGCUGGACUCAGGUCAGUUUGCCUCCGAACAUGGGCUUGAUCAUAACGAAGUCGUCAACGUCAUCAAGAGCCUCCAUGGUUUCAGAUACAUCGACGCUCAGGAUAUAAAGAGGGAAACUUGGGUUCUUACAGAUGAGGGAAAGAAGUAUGCUGCUGAAGGGUCCCCUGAAGUGCAACUGUUCUUGGCCGUGCCACCAGAGGGCAGCAUUUCGAAGGACGAACUGCAGAAAAAUCUUGAUCCUUCAGUUUUCAAAAUUGGCUGCUCACAAGCUGGAAAAAACAAAUGGGUGGAGAUGGGAAAGCAAGUAUCCAGGAAGGUUCAACAUGUGGAGGACAAGGUCAAGAAUUUGCUUAUGCGGAUACAGGAUGGAGAGGCACUUGAAAAAGAUGAUAUCAACUCACUUAAAGCAAGAAAGCUUAUUGUCCCACAGACAUGGAAGGGUUACUCUGUCAAAAAAGGUCCUAACUAUGCUCCCAAAAGAAAGAAAGUUGCUACUGAUUUGACACGAGAGAAUCUUCAGAGGGGUGACUGGAAGGAGUUAGAGUUCAAAGAGUAUAACUUUAAUGCUAAAGGACCUCCUGCUGAAGCCGGCCAUCUUCAUCCGCUGCUCAAGGUGAAAGAUCAAUUGAAGAACAUAUUUCUUCAGAUGGGUUUUGAGGAGAUGCCAACUAACAACUUUGUUGAAAGCAGCUUCUGGAACUUUGAUGCAUUGUUCCAGCCACAACAACAUCCUGCUCGUGAUUCCCAUGAUACAUUCUUUUUGGAAGUUCCUUCCACUACAAGGCAAUUGCCUGAGGAUUAUGUAGAGUUGGUGAAGCGUGUUCAUGAGGAUGGCGGUUAUGGCUCCAGAGGAUAUGGGUAUGAGUGGAAAAGAGAGGAAGCAAACAAAAACUUGCUGCGGACACACACAACUGCUGUAUCAACCAGGAUGCUUUAUGCACUAGGAAAGCAACCGUUUGCCCCCAAAAGGUACUUCUCAAUUGACCGUGUUUUCAGAAAUGAAGCAGUUGACCGAACUCAUCUUGCAGAAUUCCAUCAAAUAGAAGGUCUAAUAUGUGAUCGAGGGCUCACUCUUGGUGACUUGAUUGGUGUUCUGCACGACUUCUUCUCUCGACUAGGCAUGUCUAAGCUACGUUUCAAACCUGCUUACAACCCAUACACGGAGCCCAGCAUGGAAAUAUUUAGUUAUCAUGAAGGACUGGGGAAAUGGGUUGAAAUUGGGAAUUCAGGCAUGUUCAGACCUGAAAUGUUGCUUCCUAUGGGAAUCCCAGAGGAUGUUAGGGUUAUUGCAUGGGGGCUUUCUCUUGAAAGACCGACCAUGAUACUGUACGGAAUAAGUAACAUCAGGGAUCUCUUCGGACACAAGGUUGAUCUCAGUCUCAUCAAAAGGAAUCCGAUUUGCCGCAUUGGAAUCAAUUAAAUCAUGGAUGAUCUUGUGAUUCUUUUUAAAUUUCCUUCUGUAACUUGGGCAAACAAAUACUGCAUCUUCAUACAUACAUGCAACACUUGCAGUUUACGCACAAUUCAUGCCCUACCUUUACUUCGAGGGCUCAUUCAUACAUGCUUAUACGAUGAAGAUGUCUCUAUAAGAUUUUGUUACGGUUGGACCCAUUUGUUUUGGUUUUGUUCCUUGAUGAUGCU